CGAGGUUGGUGAGAGUGGAAAUAAACAAAAUUCAACGAUUUCAAAUUUUAAACACCUAAACGACUCCGUUUUGCCAACUUUCAAUUCAGAAACCCGUUGCUCUCUCGCGCAUUCCAGGUUAUCCACCCAAUUCCUCUUCAGCAUCCGGUUCCGUUACUAGUGGAAUCGGGUCAACAAUCGGCAAAAUGGGGGUGACGCCGAAAAUCGCACCGUCGAUGCUCUCAUCGGAUUUCGCGAAUUUGGCAUCGGAGGCGGAACGCAUGCUCAAUUGCGGCGCUGAUUGGCUUCACAUGGAUAUCAUGGAUGGGUAUGUUAGAUGCUUUUGCAAGUAACAUAUUAUUCUGGCCCUGAAAUUGAGUUCAUCCAAAUUGGAUUUUUGAAAUUCUGGUUCUCUUUCACUUCCCAAUUUUUCUUUCAUGUUGAUGAAUGAAGCGGUUUUACUUUUUCAACGUAAUUGUCAGUUGUGAGAUUGAGCUUCUUCCAUCUCCGUGAAAAUUGAUUUAUCGUUUGCUUCCGGCUCAGCUUCAAUGCAGGAAGCUUCAACAUCUAGUCAAUCUACAGGAGCGAAAAAUGGGAAAUGGAAAUGAUGUUAUGCCAAAAUGAAUUAUUAUUAUUAUUAUUUUGAGGGGAUGGUGAUAUUAGGAAACUGUAGGAGUUAGAUUAGUUCAGUGAAAAAUAGACGAUGGGAAUUCUUGGGUGAAUUUUUUUGUUCAAGAUAGAUACAUUUUUGUGGAAAUGAAAUGAGAUAAUUUUUAUAUGUUGCAUAAAUCACACAAGACCAAAGUAGACUGCCGCAUUUUAUUUGCAGUGGAUGAACGGUGUGAUAGCAUAAAUCACACAAGACCAAAGCAGACUGCUGCAUUUUAUUUGCAGUGGAUGAACGGUGUGAUAUGUAAACUUUUAUAUUAUUUUUAGUUGAAUUGUUAUAGAGUUUCAAAACAUGUUAACAACUUGCUUGUUGUUAGCAUUGACUUGUUAUGCACUUGCUAAGAUGCAACAAAUCUUUGCUUUAUCCAUCAAUGAUCUUACUUUUCUUUUUCUUAGUGGAUGUGUUAAUAUUCAUUUUCAUUUUUUGAAUAGGCACUUUGUCCCAAAUCUAACCAUUGGUGCUCCAGUCAUUGAGAGUUUGAGAAAACACACAAGGGCAUAUUUGGAUUGCCACCUUAUGGUCACCAAUCCUCUUGAUUAUAUUGAGCCUUUGGGUAAAGCUGGUGCUUCUGGAUUUACGUUUCAUGUUGAGGCAUCCAGAGAAAAUUGGAGAGAAUUGAUCCAGAAAAUCAAGUCAAAGGGCAUGAGGCCUGGUGUAGCUUUAAAGCCUGGAACUCCUAUUGAAGAAGUUUAUCCAUUGGUUGAGUGUGAAAAUCCUGUGGAAAUGGUCCUUGUCAUGACUGUGGAACCGGGAUUUGGAGGACAAAAGUUCAUGCCAGAUAUGAUGGAUAAGGUAAAGACAUUGAGGAAGAAAUACCCAUCCCUUGAUAUAGAGGUGGAUGGUGGUUUAGGGCCUUCAACAAUUGACAUGGCAGCUUCAGCUGGUGCAAACUGCAUUGUGGCAGGAAGUUCAGUGUUUGGAGCCCCUGAGCCAGCCCAUGUAAUAUCACUUAUGAGAAACAGUGUUGAGGAAGGUCAGAAAAACAAUUGAUGUUCAUACAGGCAAGAUACAUCAUGACUGGAUUUCAGGCAGCAAAAUAUGCCUAAAGACUACAUUUUCAUUCGAUUGUUGGAAUUUACAAAUGUUAUGAUUUUAUUUGUUUUGUUAUUUGUCACUCACUUUCUCACUCGGAAUUGUAUGCAACUUUGUAUGGUAAUAAGACUCACUGAAGACCUUCAUGAAGGUGAGUUAAAUUGAUACAUGUGCUAUGUGAAACUGUUUGAUCAAAAUCCUACAAUAAAAUCUAUCCUUUAUGCUCAA